AUGUAUAAAAUUAGUCAUCUCAAACAAUUUAAUCCCACUUUAGCUCAAAACCGUUUCAUAUUCCCCAUCUUUUUCUUCUUCUUCUUCUUCUUCACGGCCUCAACCGCUAUUCAUUCAAAAACAUCUAUUAGCCAUUCAAGAAAAGAAAAAAAAACUCCCCUUCGCUCUAUCUGAGAUCGUCUCUACCACACCGUCGUUCUUUUCCUCCGGCGAACGUCAACACGCGGUGGUGUUGGGACCACCUCUCUGCGGCUCCGGUGAAUAUCGCUCUUUCAGAAGCAGCUACAUCAUUCUCUCGUGUACCGUAAAUGAGUCUCGUUGAUGAAUCGCCGGUGAACUCGUCAAGCAGUGACGAUUUUGCUGCAUUUCUGGAUGCAGAGUUAUCUGAUACUAAUCCUCAACAAGAAGAAGAAAAACAAGAAUCUGAUGAUGACGAUGCCGACGACAACGAUGAUGAGAUUAAUGCAGUUAUUGAAAGGACAAAGAGAAGGAAGAUCAGUGUAGUGGAUGAUACAGAAGAACCUAACGGUUCAACAUCUCAUAUAGUUCAAACAGAAGUAACAGAAACAUCAGUGAAGGUGGAUAUAUGCAUACAUCCUGGUUUUAUCGGAGGAAUGUGCAUAAAAUGUGGAGAAAAAACGGAUGAUGAUACUCAGUCUAGUGUGGCAUUUGGUUAUAUACACAAGGAUCUACGACUUGCCAAUGAUGAAAUAGCUCGUUUGCGUGACAGAGAUUUAAAAAAUUUGCUACGCCAUAAAAAGCUUUAUUUGGUUCUUGAUUUAGACCACACGCUACUAAACUCAACAAGGUUUUCAGAUUUAACUCAAGAUGAAGGAUAUUUAUUGAACCCAAAUGACCCUAUGCAAGAUGCCCUAAAAGGUAGUUUAUUCAAAUUACCAUUCAUGAACAUGGUGACAAAACUGAGGCCGUUUGUUCACACAUUCCUUAAAGAAGCAAGUAAUUAUUUCGAAAUGUACAUCUACACCAUGGGGGAGCGCGCUUAUGCAUUAGAAAUGGCACAUUUACUGGACCCUGGUAGAGUUUACUUUGACUCUAAAGUCAUUGCGCAAGGUGAUUGUACUCAAAGUCAUCAAAAAGGACUUGAUGUAGUGUUGGGACAAGAAAAUGCCGUUUUGAUCCUUGAUGACACAGAACAAGUAUGGUCAAAGCAUAAAGAUAAUUUGAUUUCAAUGGAACGCUAUCAUUUCUUUGCCUCAAGUUGUAAACAAUUUGGUUACGAGUCUAAAUCUCUUUCUGAACUGAGAAGUGAUGAAAGUGAUACUGAUGGUGCUCUUGCAACUGUUCUGAAAGUUGUUAAACGGGUGCAUAGUAUGUUUUAUGACUCGGAACUUGGGGAGAAUUUUGCAGGACGUGAUGCAAGACAGAUGUUGCAUGCGGUUCGUAGUGAAGUUUUGAAGGGUUGCAAAAUUGUAUUCAGUCGAGUUUUCCCAACAAAAUUCCAAGCAGAUAACCACCAUUUAUGGAUGCUGGCAGAGAGAUUAGGAGCUACAUGCUCUACCGAGGUUGACUCAUCGGUGACACAUGUCAUAUCCACAGAUAUUGGAACUGAGAAGUCACGUUGGGCGAUUCAAGAAAACAAGUUUUUGGUCGAACCGCGGUGGUUGGAAGCUGCGAAUUUUCUAUGGCAGAGGUUACCAGAGGAGAGUUUUCCCGUAAAAGUUAAUCGUUGACCAUAUUUCUUUCACUUCUAAAAGACGAGUUUCCAGAUGUACGCCUCAAUAUCAUUAGCAAGCUAGAUCAAGUGAACCAGGUUAUUGGAAUCGAUCUUUUGUCUCAAUCUUUACUACCAGCAAUCGUCGAACUUGCGGAAGAUAGACAUUGGAGGGUUCGUUUGGCAAGCAUAGAGUACAUACCUCUAUUGGCUAGUCAAUUAGGUUUACUCCAUCAGAGAUGCUGCUGAAAAUAACCUAAAACGCCUUUCAGAGGAAUUCGGCCCAGAUUGGGCGAUGCAGCACAUAGUCCCACAGGUCUUGGAUAUGAUUAAGAACCCGCAUUACUUGUACCGUAUGACGGUUCUUCGUGCUAUUUCUUUACUGGCCCCUGUUAUGGGCUCAGUAAUCACUUGUUCUAAACUGCUUCCUGUAGUUGUUACUGCAUCAAAGGACAGGUGGUUGAGAAAAGCAUCAAGCCAUGUUUGGUAGAGCUGGCGGAGGACCCAGACGUCGAUGUGCGUUAUUUGGCGAACCAAGCUCUUCAAUCAAUCGAUCAAGUGAUGAUGUCUAGCUAAACAGUUUAAUAGGUGCAUCUUUUCCAGGGGCGGACCUAGGUGAAGCUCAGGGUGGGCGGGCGCACCCCUUAAAAAAAGAAAUUUAGUGUAUUUUUUAGGCAAAAAACCCGAUCGCACCCCCUGAAAAUAUGCUUGAACCACUCAUCCGCAUCCCAGCAAAUAAUUUCUGGGUCCGCCACUGAAUUCUUUUCGUUUGUGGUUCUAGUAUUUAUUGUCCAUCUAUUUUUGCCAAUUGCAUGUGUAUUUGCUGUAAUGUCAAAAAUUAGCCACCGUAUACCCUUUCUAUAUUUAGCAUGAAAAAAUUACUAAUGUAAUGGUUGAAUCAAUGAUGGAGCUAUUAGAGAUAUACAAGUACAAGACAGUGUCAAAGUAUAAGAAAAAGGUGGUCCAAAUGAUAGCCUUACCUCACGUUGGGAGAUAUGGAAAGCGAGGAACGAACUAUUGUUUUCUACCAAACGUAUAGCCAUCAACAAGAUCUUCGGCGAAAUCCAAGCAAUGACUUUUCUUUUGGUGAAGCAUUGGACGAAACAAAGCAGCCUAGAGUGGCAAAACUGGGUGUCUUUUAAUAUAGUCAAGUAAUGUUCUUUUUUUUGUUUGAUGUAUCAAUUGUUUGGAGAAAUAUGGGAGAUGGUGUAUGAUGUUUUGCUCUA